CAUCAUUACCCAAAAAGAAACAGUAGCUUUCUGUCUCAGAUUCCUCCACCCAUUGACAAAAAGAAAAAAAAAAAAAAAAAAACAGGACUUGAGGGAAAAGUUUGCUGUUUCUAGGGUUUCUUUAUUCCAUUCUAUCUUCUUGAUUGGAAAAAAUGAAACUCUUCUUCUCUCCAUUUUUCUUCUGAUUUCGCUUUUGUCCAGAUUCCUUUUCGCCGUCGUAUAACAUAGAAUCCGUGAAGCUUUAUCAGAUUCUUGAAGACCCAUUUGAUCAAAUUCACAUCUUUUCUCGAUUUCAUUCUGGUUCCGGCAUUACACGAUGCGGAUGUUUGUGAGUCUCCUUGUCUUGUCCUUGUUCUCUCUCGCGUUUUCAAACGAAAACGCCAGCUCGUACAUCCUUCCGCGACCGUUGAUCUUCGAGACCCACGAGCUCAAGAGCGCCGCCGCCGUCGACGUCGACGGCGACGAUAGCGUCAAUGCGAAUUGCACGAGCUGGAGAUUCGCGGCGGAGACGAACAAUCUCGCGCCUUGGAAGACGAUUCCGGCGGAAUGCGCCGGUUACGUGAAAGACUACCUGAUGGGUAAAGGCUACGUCGUCGAUUUGGAGAGAGUCUCGGAAGAGGCUAAGGUGUACGCGAGCAGCUUCGGGUUCGGCGGUGACGAUGGGAAGGAUACUUGGAUCUUCGAUAUUGACGAGACUCUCUUGUCCAAUCUUCCUUAUUACUUGGAACACGGUUGUGGGUUGGAAGUUUUUGAUCAUACGAAGUUUGAUAAGUGGGUGGAGAAAGGAGUUGCACCUGCAAUAGCACCAAGCUUGAAGCUUUAUGAAAAGGUUAAAGAUUUGGGGUACAAAGUUAUCCUGCUUACAGGGCGAAGAGAGAACCACAGGGUUAUCACUAUCGAAAACCUGAUCAAUGCCGGUUUCAAUAACUGGGACGCCCUUAUUCUGAGAUCGUUGGAUGAUGACCACAAAACGGCGACCAUAUUCAAGUCGGAGAAGAGAGAUGAGAUGGUGAAAGAAGGGUAUAGGAUCAGAGGCAAUUCAGGUGAUCAGUGGAGUGAUUUGUUGGGGUUUGCCAUGUCUGAACGCUCCUUCAAACUUCCGAAUCCCAUGUAUUACAUCCCCUGAAAAGUGGAGAAAACAAAACCUAACUCUAUAAAUCCGAGGCAAUUCAGGGUGGCCUACUAUUUUUGAAGUUUGGGCUGCCAUUGUGAUUCCUUGCUAUAUAUUUUAUAAUAUGUACCAAUGACUGCAUCAGUUUUAUCUA